UAAAUGACGUUUUGAAGCCGUCGAAAUGUCACUAUCCUGAAAAUGUUGAAAAACUGAAGUAUUAUUCCAGAUUUACCCGUUAAAAAUGAGCGUUGAGCGUUCGCGCCGCCCUCAUCACAUGAAAUAGAUCGUUGCACGCGCCUGCCAGCAUUCUGAAGGUGGGCCCGCCCUCGCCGCGCGCUAGCGCCAGCCGCACGAUAAUGUGAUGUCGGUGAGGACUAUGGACAAUGAGCAAUCAGGCUUCAUCCAGAAGAUCAACUACAAGGAGAUCUCGCGGCAGCAGCUCGUCGGCGAGGGGAGCUUCGGAAAGGUGUACCUAGGCCAGUGGCGCAACAAGACCGUCGCGAUCAAGGCCUACUCCACCGAGGAGGAACGCAAGGCAUUUACUGUUGAAGUCCGGCAGCUGUCAAGAGUCAGCCAUGAUAACAUCAUCCAUUUGUAUGGUGCUUGCACUGACGAUCAACACUUCUGCUUGGUCAUGGAGUAUGCAGAGGGUGGUUCACUCUUCUACAUUCUCCACAGUGCCAAGAAUAUUAAAUAUAAUUUAGGCCAUGCACUCUCCUGGGUGUAUCAAUGUGCAAAGGGCGUGAAUUACCUGCACAAUAUGAAACCGAAACCACUGAUACAUCGCGAUUUGAAGCCGCCGAAUCUCCUGCUCGUUAACAGCGGCGUGCAACUGAAGAUUUGCGAUUUUGGUACGGCGGCAGACAAAUCGACGUACAUGACGAAUCAGAAGGGUUCAGCGGCGUGGAUGGCUCCGGAGGUGUUCUCCACUAACAACUAUACGGAGAAGUGCGAUGUAUACUCGUGGGGCAUCAUAUUCUGGGAGGUGCUCACGCGUAAAAAGCCGUUCUACAAUGGGCUCAACGCGUUGCAGAUCAUGUGGUCGGUGUACAAGGGCAAACGGCCGCCAUUAAUCCUUGACUGCCCGGCGGUCAUCGAGGAUUUGAUCGUCAGGUGUUGGGAUGGCACCGCUAUCAAUCGGCCGAACAUGUCUGAAAUUGUUAGUUUAAUGGAAAAACUAGUCUCAUUAUUUCCGGAUUGUUGUCAACCGGUGACACGCCUCAGCGAUGAUGAACUGAUCGAUGAAGACGAAGAAGACCUGGAGGACAUCGAUGAGAUGGAUGACAGUUCCGUGCUUUUCACACAGAAUGGUAUUCACGCCGAUGACACGAUGCAGUGCACGCACAGCCAAAGAAGCAUGCAGCAGCAGAGCCUGCCGCAACCGACGCCCGAAAUGUCCACGCAGCUAAAUGUUCAAGUGGAUCCUAAUAGCUGGACGUUGGCCGAGGACGCUGAUAUGGAGCUGGAGAUGCGGCCCGGUUUCGACAAGAUGAUAUGGAAGCAGCACGGUAAAACCAGCAUUGUUCAGGCUGGCCGCACCACUCCGACGGAUACCGACAAGGCUGAUCCUGAUCUGGACAACAUGUACAUGUGUCUGGAUCCGAAUUUGCGACCAGCAACGCCUGACUUUUCCGAUCCGCAAAGCGUACGCCUCUUUGAGGAACACAAAUCUAUUGCGAGGGACUACUUCAAGGUAGAAACACAAAUAUAUUACCAGACGCAGGAAUGUGACCGCUUGCGCGCGAAGCAGAGCGUCGAGAGGCAGCGUCAACUCAAAAACAUUCAGAACCUGCAGAGCGAGAAGGAGUCGUUGAUACUUUUGAAAGAGACGCUGCUGCAGCAGAAGGAAGCCAUGUCGGACCGCAACGAUGUUUGGCAGGUUCUCUCGCGUCACGAAGACGACGACGACGUGUAACUUUCGUUUCGUAUUCAGCUUUACUUCCAUACAUUUUCCAAAUUACACCAAAACUAAACCAAACAAACCAAAAACAAUUAAGGAUCAGUUGUACAUUGAUUCUUGUAUUUUGUAUUAAAUCAACUGAGAUUCACACUUGAUCAACUUAAUUAACUUAAUUUUUUACUAGAACAUUUUUAGUUUACUUUUGUAACAUUCACUUAGUCGGUAAGGUUUAAGUUUCGAUCAUCGCAUCAUCACGUUAGCUGUUUUGAUUUAUUACUGUUUGUGUAAAUCUUCAUUUCGUAGUUCCUAAUUCACUGUUAUCGACAGACUUUAUAGUUUCGAAGGUGAUAACAUUCAACAGCAAUAUUUGUUCGCAACCUUGUUAUAGAUAUUGAGAAAUGUGAAAUACAUACACACAUGUUUGCCACUUUUUAA